AUGGUAGAAUUUCCAGAUACGGAGGUCAACGUUGGGCUAGACACGACUCUACACCCUGAGGACUUGGCAACUAAGUAUGGUUGGCCACAGGCAAACGAGCGAGGCUACCGUAUUCAGGAGCAACCAUAUGGCACGGAGAAGGCUCUGAGGAUAAUUCACAUCGGGGCCGGAAUCUCUGGCAUAUGCAUGGCAAAAUUCGCUCCUGAAACGUUGAACAAUGUAUCCCUCGUCUGCUACGACAAGAACUCAGAUAUUGGGGGAACGUGGUUCGAGAAUAGGUAUGACCAGCUCCAAAUUUCAGAGAAAACGAUACUGACACGAAGAAAGUUUACGUGGGCGAGGAAUCCAAAAUGGUCGCACUUCUAUUCCUAUGCUGGGGAGAUAUGGGAGUAUCUACGGAACGUUGUUGAGCAGUUCACCCUGAGGAAGUACAUGAAGCUGAACCAUGAAGUGAUGGCAGCAUCGUGGGACGAGCUGAGAGGUGUAUGGGAGGUCACAGUGAGGGACCUCCAAAAUGAUGUGACUUUCACCGACACUGCAGAAGUUCUAAUCAACAAUGCUGGCGUCCUCAACAAUUGGAAAAUGCCCAAUAUUGAUGGUUUGAGCUCAUUUGAGGGCGUAAUCUGCCACACAGCUCGUUACGACACUAGCCUUGACCUCACUGGGAAAAGAGUGGCCGUAAUUGGCACAGGUAGCAGUGGAAUUCAAGUGACCGCCGAAAUAGCUGACAAGGUUGGCCAACUCUACACCUGGAUCCGGUCUCCAACUUGGGUCACUGCAGGAUUUGCGCAGAACUGGGCUGGUCCUAAUGGAACAAAUUUUGAAUGUAUGUCAAUCCUGCCUGCUUGUGAUAAGUGGCUAAGUCUUGAGUCAGACUCGAAAGAACAAAAGACAAAAUUCGAACAAGAUCCACUGGAAUAUCUUCAUUACUGCAAACAGAUCGAAAGCGAGCUCAAUCAGCGGUUCAAAUUCAUCCUUAAUGGUACACCAGAGGCGGCACAAGCCAAAGAGUUUUCAACCGACCAGAUGAAAGAGCGUUUAGGUGGCAAUGAAGAGCUUAUCAACAAGAUAAUACCUAAAGCCUUCAAUGUUGGGUGCAGGCGCCCUACACCAGGGAAUGGUUUCCUAGAGGCUCUCACCAGAGACAAUGUUAAGGCAUUCGUUCAGGGACUCCAAAGAAUUACUCCAAGUGGUUUUGUCAAUGAGGAUGGAGUUGAGCAUGAAGUCGACGUGAUCAUAUGUGCUACUGGCUUUGAUACGAGCUGGAUCCCUCGAAUUCCUAUUAUCGCAAAUGGCAAGAACGUACAGGAAAAUCUUGCUCAGAGCUUAGUCUCGUAUCUCUCAAUUGCGGUCCCAGAGAUUCCCAACUAUUGGAUGGGAGUCGGCCCCUACGGUCCUCUAGGCCAUGGUUCAUUCAUACCGAUAAUCGAACUCGUAACAAGACAUAUUCUUACAAUCGUCAAGAAGAUGCAAAAGGAAAAUAUCAAAUCGAUGGCCCCAAAACGAGAUAUCAGCGAGUCCUUCGCCGAACACGCAGAUCUAUUUCUGCAGCGGACUGCCUGGUCGGGAGUCUGCAGAAGUUGGUUCAAACAAGGGCGACUGGAUGGUAAGCCAGCAGUUUUUCCUGGCAGUAGACUCGUCUACAUGGACCUCCUCAAAGAACCGCGCUUUGAGGACUACGAAAUUGUUUAUCAACAUGGAAAUCCUUUCGGUUUUCUUGGAAAUGGAUUCAGUAUAAAGGAGUUUGAUGGCAGUGAUCUUUCGUACUACCUGGGGACCGAUGAUGAUCCAGGCGCGCUGCUUCCGACUCGGGCGUACACGAAUGGCGCUGCAAAAGAGAUACCGCAUGUAAAUAGAGAUAUUUCCAUCAAUGGUAGCACUUGA